CGUCAUUGGCCAGUCGGCGCUGGACCAUCGGAAGUCUACGGGUGUGUUUCCGAGAGUUGAAGCGGCGGCCACAUCGACGAACUUCUCUCAGGACAUCGGUGAAGAGAGGUUGUCUGUGUACAUUGGCAGGAUGGAGCUGCGACCGUUUUUAAUGUGCUUUGCCCUCUGCGUGGUGUACGCCACCAGCAAGCCCACAGAGAAGAAAGACCGCGUCCACCACGAUGACCCACUCAGCAAUCGGGAGCACGACGACACAGAGAACUUCGACUACGACCACGAGGCCUUUCUGGGCCAGGAGGAGGCCAAGACCUUUGACCAGCUCACUCCCGAGGAGAGCAAGGAGCGACUUGGCAUGCUAGUGGAGCGCAUUGACGAAGACAAGGACAGCUUUGUGACCACGGAGGAGAUGAAGAAGUGGAUCAAACACGCGCAGAAGAGGUGGAUCUACGAGGACGUUGAUCGCCAGUGGAAGACGCACGACCUCAACGGCGACAACGUGGUGUCGUGGGAGGAGUACAAGAACGCUACGUAUGGCUACAUUCUUGAUGAGCCCGACGCCGAUGAUGGCUUCAGUUACAGACAGAUGAUGGUGCGCGAUGAGAGGAGGUUCAAGAUGGCCGACCUGGAUGGAGACCAGAAUGCCAACAAAGAAGAGUUCACCUCCUUCAUUCACCCUGAGGAGUUUGAGCACAUGAAGGACAUUGUGGUGCUUGAAACUAUGGAAGACAUAGACAAGAAUGGCGAUGGUUUAAUUGACCUGGAAGAAUACAUUGGUGACAUGUACAGCCAGGAGGGCACGGCGGAGCCCGAGUGGGUGAGGACGGAGAGGGAGCAGUUCGCCGAGUUCCGGGAUAAGAACAAAGAUGGCAAGAUGGACAAGGAGGAGACCCGAGACUGGAUCUUGCCCAACGACUACGACCACGCCGAGGCCGAGGCCAAGCACCUGGUCUACGAGUCGGACACAGACAAAGAUGGCCGCCUGACCAAGGCUGAAAUCGUGGACAAGUAUGACCUGUUUGUGGGCAGCCAGGCCACCGACUUUGGAGAAGCCCUCACUCGACAUGACGAGUUCUAAAUCUGUAGCCGUCCACAAAGACUUUCUGUCCACUACACUUCCUUAUUCGUCUUCAGUGGACGUCAUUGUUUUUUUAUAUAUACACCACGAGGUCAUCUAAUUUAUUUAAUUUGUUUGUUUCCUGUCAUGCGCGUGCACGCACACACUACUUUUUGAAAGCUUGAUUCUAAGGUCCUGUUCUGAUCAAAUGAUUUUAUCGGUGAUUAGAAAGCAAAGGUUGCAGAAUAGUUUGGGUCUUUUUUUUACAAUGCACUGGAUGAUAACCCUGCCCAAUCUAAUGACAUUGUAUCGUUAGGAUGUUCAUAAGAAGGGCUAAAUUGGACUACAACAAAUUUUGUAAUCAUUUUCUCACUUUAAGGCAUCUAAAUUUAUAGACAGAAUGAUGCUGUGUCCUGUGGUCAUCGCCUCAAUUUGUAGGUAUUUUGUGUGUACAGCAUAUUUACUUGUUUUUGAUGACUGGCAUCCCCUUUUGUUUGCAUUAUUUUUCACAGUUUUGUGUGCCAAGCCAAAAUGCUCAGAAGCCUUUUCUCCAUUACAACACUUUCCCAUAAAUAUCUUUGCUAUGCUUAUGUUAUCACAACCACCAUUUAACCACUGUUGAUAAUUUUUCAUGCUAUUGUGUGUUUGAUGUUUUUUUUUUAAUUUCUUUUUUUUUUUUUAUAAAUAACCGGUUCACUGCAGAAGAAGCCUUUUUUUGUAACUAAAUACAGUGCCAUGAAAAAGUAUUGGCCCCCUUCUCAAAUUCUUAUUUUUGCAUAAUUUAGUUUCCCCACUUUAAGAUCAUCAAACAAAUGUAAAUAUCAGACAAAUAAUAACCCAAGUGAACUUAAAACGCUGUUUUAAAUGGUGAUUUCAUUUAUUAAGGAAAACAAAUAUUCAAAGUUAUCUGGCCCUGUGUUCAAAAGUAAUUAUCUCCCUUGUUAAAUCAUGAAUUAAUUGUGGCUAAUCACAAUUUUUGGUUAAUUUUAACUGAUCACAGCCAAGCCUGGUUACCUCCAGACCUGUUCAAUCAAGAAAUCACUUAAACAAUCUGUCCUGACAAAUUGAAGUUGGGGAAAAAACAUCUAAAAUACCUGCAACAAAUUCACAUGAUCCAAAGAAAUUACGGAAUAGUUGAGAAACAAAGUAAUUGAAAUCUGUCUGGAAAGGGGGGAAAGCUUUAGGAUUCCAGCGAGCCAUAGGGGGAGCCAUUAUCCUCACAUGGAGAAAAAUUUCCCAAAGCGAACAGCAGUGACUCUUCCAGGAGGCCACAAAGGAAUUCGGGACAACUUCUAAACAACUGCAGGCCUCCCUUACCUCAGUUAAGAUCAUUGUUCAUGACACGACAAUAAGGAAGAGACUGGGCAAAAAUGGCAUCCGUGGCAGAGUUCCAAGGCGAAAACCACUGCUGACCAAAAGAAAAGGCUUGUU